CUUCAAAUUGUCCAGUGUUGUGGCAUCGAUUUUGGGUCAAGACUGUUUUCUGGAACCAAAUUUCCUUCCAUUUUUUGUGAAAAAUAUUUUUCAAUGUUGUGUCAUAUAUAUAAAUAGAAUAUAAGUGUUAUAUUGAUAAAAUAUAAGUGACUAAUUUACUAAAUUGCGGUUUAUUUUACAAUAAUAUUUUACAAUAUUGCCUAAUAUUAGUUGAAACAGUGAAAAUUUUCGUCUCCAAAAUGAUUUCACUCAAGUGCAAGAUCAUCUUCUUGUUUAUUGCAUUUUGUGCAAUUGAAAAAGAUACUAUUUGGGCUGAAAUGACAACAUCUCUACCAACUCCUGAAACAUCUUCUGCAACCACCUUAGAUCCUGGAACAUUACUAUCAACCUUGCCAUCAAGCUCGCCAUCAAGCUCGCCAUCAAGCUCGCCACCAAGCUCGCCACCAAGCUCACCAUUAAGUAUGCUGUCAAGCUCACCAUCAACAAAUUCGAUCAAUGAAGUGACUUCCCCAACAAUAACAGAGCCGAGUGUAAACGUCACUGACGAUGAUGCUCAUACCACUGAGUUCAUAACUGACUAUUUAAUAAUGGUGGAGGAAGAAGAACCAAUAUCAAUUGUUGAUAUUGACGUUGAUAAAAAUUUUCUCUAUGUCAUUUAUGAUGAAGAGACUGGGGUACCUUGCACCCUCACAAAAAUGGGAAUUACUCUAACUGUACCUUACGAAACAGAAAACAAGACUAUUGCUACAACGACUCUGAAAGUUCCUUUGAAUGCAAAUGUAACUGGUACUUGCGAAGAAAAUUUGUCACUUGUAACAAUAGGAUGGCAAGAAACGGACAUUGUGAAAGAAACGGUUUCUGAUGACGAAAACACUCUCACUAUGCGAUUCAUAAAGGAUGGUGAUAUAUAUUAUAUCCAAUAUUUGGUUGUCACAAUUGUACUGGACAAUCUUAAUUUUCCGAAUGCUAUAGGUUCAAUUAUCAAAGGAAACAGCUCCCGGGAUCUAAAACUAUUCUCAACCCCUGUGAAUUCAAGAAUGCAUAUUUGCAAUGUAACGAAAGAAGUGCAUGCUGAUCCGAUUUCAGUCCAGAUCCAUAACGCAUCUAUCAUUGCAUUCAAAAAUCAGAACGAUUCUUCUGCGAAGCAAGAUGCGUAUUGUGUAUCUGAACUUAUAGAUGAAGAAAGUGAUGGAUAUGUAUCAAUUGGAGUUUAUUUAGGAGCUAUUUUAGCAGGUUUAAUUCUAAUUGGACUCAUCAUAAUAAUCGUCAAACGUUUAACUCGAAACAGUACAACCUGGAACCUAAUGAGCAAAUCAAAAAAUAAUGAAAGCUGCUAAGAAAUCCGAGUCUCCAAAAUUGUUUAGUUCAAACGUAAUUAUUAAUUAAUUAAUUAGUGUACAGAGUUUCUGAUAAAUGUAACUUCUUCACAUUCCCAAAUGAUAAUAGACUUAAUUACUGUUAAUUGUAAGUAUUUAUCUAGUUAAUUUGAUAAGAUUUAUGUUUCUUUAUAACCAUUGUAUAAAUAAAGGAAAUAAAAACUGAAAAAUA